CACGCCGGAGAAGCGGUGGAGAAGAACAACAUUGCGAUAGGAAAGCAUGGGGAACGCCUUCUUCCAUCUUUGUAAACAACUCUACAGUGCGCAUGCGCGUUCGUGUGUCACAAUAAUGGGUGACAAUCUUUUCCAGCCGCUGUGAACCUAACUACCGUGUACAUUUGCAGGAUUCGGACAACGCGACGUGCAGCUGAGUGCGUUAAAACACAAUGGCCUCCGACUCGGUAGCUCAGACUCCUGGGUCGAGGAUCAUGACCUUCCACCCGACCAAAGAGGAAUUCAAAGACUUCAGCCGCUACAUUGCUUACAUGGAGUCAAAGGGUGCUCACUUAGCUGGCAUGGCAAAGGUUGUGCCUCCUAAAGACUGGAAGCCUCGCCACACAUAUGAUGACAUUGAUGACCUGGUCAUUCCAGCUCCUAUUCAGCAAGUGGUCUCUGGUCAGUCCGGGCUUUUCACACAGUACAACAUCCAGAAGAAACCCAUGACUGUCCGCGAGUUCCGAAAGAUCGCUAACACAGAGAGGUUCUGCACUCCCCGGCAUGUAGAUUUUGAUGAGCUGGAGAGAAAGUACUGGAAGAAUCUUACUUUUAAUCCUCCACUCUAUGGAGCGGAUGUCAACGGAACCCUCUAUGAUCCAGAUGUAAACGAGUGGAACAUCGGGCGUCUGAACUCUAUCCUGGAUACAGUGGAGAGAGAGAGUGGCAUAAAGAUUAAAGGGGUGAACACACCGUAUCUGUAUUUCGGGAUGUGGAAGAGCACAUUCGCCUGGCACACUGAGGACAUGGACCUUUACAGCAUCAAUUAUCUGCACUUUGGAGAACCCAAGUCUUGGUAUGUGGUGCCUCCUGAACAUGGGAAGCGAUUAGAACGUCUUGCUAAAGGCUUUUUUCCUGGAAGUGCCCAAAGUUGUGAAGCCUUCUUGCGACACAAAAUGACUUUGAUUUCCCCAUCAAUACUAAGAAAGUAUGGCAUACCUCUUGAGAAGGUUCCACAGGACGCUGGUCAGUUCAUUGUGACCUUCCCCUAUGCCUAUCAUGCUGGAUUCAAUCAUGGAUUUAACUGUGCAGAGUCCACAAACUUCGCCACUCAGCGCUGGAUCGACUACGGCAAGCAGGCAGCAUUAUGUUCAUGCCGUAAAGAUAUGGUGAAGAUUUCUAUGGACGUGUUUGUGCGAAAGUUCCAGCCAGAUCGAUAUAAACUAUGGAAGGCAGGAAAGGACAGUGUAAAUAUUGACCACACCAAACCCACACCAGAAGCUGCAGAGUUCCUGGAGGAUGGAAAGGCACCAGGUGAAGCGGGAGAACUAAGCAACAGCAGCCUUGCUGAUACCAGAGGAGAGGGGGAGACAAAAACAGCAGAUGACAAUGAAGGGGAGAGAGAGACAGAGAAGUUACCUAUAGUGCAAAACAAUACAAACACCAAGGGAGAAGACAAAGUGAUAGAAAAUGCAGAUGCACAGCAAGUAAAGACAGAAACACAAGAGACAGAUGCACAGGAAGAAAAAACAGAAAGCAGAAAGACUCGGCCACAAGUAGAUGGUGAAAUGGAGAAGACACAGACUGAAACAGACAAGACGGAGAAAAUAAACAUAGUGAAAGAAGCAACCGAUGAAGAGAGAGUCCAAACAGAAAGAAAAGAGUCAGAGCUGGACAUAACAGAUCAAGAGGCAGGUCUGACAGAGACAAACAAAUCUGAAAGAGAAAUAGGGGAAACCGAGAUGGAGACAGAAAAUAACAUCACAGAGAGCAGAGAGAAGACUGAUGGGGGGAAAGAUGAGACAGACACAGUAGAAAUAGAGACUGAAGAAAUAAACCAGCCAAUGACUGAAACAGAGACAGCAAGGAGAGAGAUGGAAAGUGGAAAGGAAGAGUUGGACAGCAGUGAGAUAAAGCACGAUGUGGGUGAGACAGAUAGCCAAGAAUUGGGGACUGAAACAAAGAAUCUGUCUGUUGCUCAAGUGACGAACACAUCUGUGACAGAGAUGAAAACACCAACAAAUGGGGAAUGUCAAGAGACAGAUAGAGAAGAUAAAGAAAAUGAAAAAGAAGACCGGGAGACAGGAAAGGCAGGGAUGGAUAAUUUUGAAAGAGGGAAGACCGAGAGUGAGACAGCGUGGGGAAAGAUGGCGUGUGAGACAGGUGAAACAGGAAGAGGCAGCCAGACAGAUAGUGGUGAGACAGGGAGUGACACAGGAGUGACAGGGAUAGGGAAGAUGGAAAUUGAGGCAGAAGAGACAGGGAUAGGAAAGCUGGAGAGUAAGACAGAUAGUGGCAGUGUAGAGAGUGAGACGGGGGAGACAGGGAGAGGAGAGAUGGAAAGCCAUCCGGAAGUCGGAGAGAUGGAGAGUGUGACAGAGAGGGAAGAACUGAAAAGAGAAACACAGAGUGGAAUGCUGGAGAAUAAGAACGAAGAGAAAGGUGUAGGAGAAAUGGAGGGCAAGACGGGGCAUGAAGAGAUGGAAAGUAUGACAGUGGAGACUGGGAGAGGAGAGAUGGAGAGUGAGUCGAUGAGGGGAGAGAUAGAGUGUGAGCCCAGAGAACUGGAGAGUGAAGCAGGGGAGAUGGAGAGUAGACAGAUACAUAGUGAGACAGUACAAACCGGCAGACAAAUAGAGAGUGGUGAAAUAGAGCGUAAGUCAGGAAAGACAAAUAGAAAAGAAGUGGGCAACGAGACAGAGGGGACAGGGAAAAGAGGGAUAGGGCUUAAGACAGAAGAGGCAGCAAGAAGGAUGGAGAACAAGACAGCAGUAAAUACUGAGAGAGAACCAAGUACAGAAGAAGUGGAGAGUGAGUCAAGGGGAAGAGAGGUGGGAAGUGAAGCAGCAGAUACAGAAAAGUGGGAGAUAGAAAUGGACACCAAGGAGAAGGUGGUGGAGAAUGAGACAGAAAGAGGAGAGGUGAAGACAGAGAAAGGGCAAGGAGAGACGGAGUGCAUAAAAGGGAAAGAAGAGAUGGAGAAUGAGAUAGGAGAGACCGGGAUAGAGGAGACGGAGGUAGAGAGUGUAAUUGAGACGGAAGACCUGGAGAGUGAGACUGGGAGAGAAGAGGUAGAGUGUGUAACAGUGAAGGAUGGCCUGGAGGGUGAGAGAGGGAGAGAAGAAGUAGAGUGUGUAAAUGAGAAGGAAGACAUGGAGGGUGAGACAGGGAGAGAAGAAGUAGUGUGUGUAAAUGAGAAGGAAGACAUGGAGGGGGAGACGAGGAGAGAAGAAGUAGAGUGUGUAAAUGAGAAGGAAGACAUGGAGGGUGAGACAGGGAGAGAAGAAGUAGUGUGUGUAAAUGAGAAGGAAGACAUGGAGGGUGAGACGAGGAGAGAAGAAGUAGAGUGUGUAAAUGAGAAGGAAGACAUGGAGGGUGAGACAGGGAGAGAAGAAGUAGUGUGUGUAAAUGAGAAGGAAGACAUGGAGGGUGAGACGAGGAGAGAAGAAGUAGAGUGUGUAAAUGAGAAGGAAGACAUGGAGGGUGAGACAGGGAGAGAAGAAGUAGAGUGUGUAAAUGAGAAGGAAGACAUGGAGGGUGAGACAAGGAGAGAAGAAGUAGAGUGUGUAAAUGAGAAGGAAGACAUGGAGGGUGAGACGAGGAGAGUAGAGUGUGUAAAUGAGAAGGAAGACAUGGAGGGUGAGACGAGGAGAGUAGAGUGUAUAAAUGAGAAGGAAGACAUGGAGGGUGAGACGAGGAGAGAAGAAGUAGAGAGUACAAAUGAAAAGGAAGACCUGGAGAGUGAGAUGGGGAGAGAGGAGGUAAAGAGUGUAACAGCAAAGGAAGACAUUGAGGUAGAGAGUAUAAAUGAAAAGGAAGACCUGGAGAGUAAGACAGGGAGAAAAGAGGUAGAGAGUGUAAAUGAGAAGGAAGAAACAGAGAGUGGCAUAGAGAGAGGGGGAGUUUUAAAAAAAGCAUAUGAAGAAAGAGAAAUAGAAAUUGCAGAUACCAUAAAAGAAGAGACUGCAAAUCCGAAGGAAAAAGUAGCAGAGAAAGAAAGCGAGGUUAUGGAGAAAGGAGUGACGGAAACAGAAGAAGAGACUAAGACAAGCAUUUCUUCUAUUCAGAACAAGAGAAGCAAUUCUCAGCCGAAGGGGAGGAUGAAACGGCCGAGAGGAGCCAGUGCUGGUUCUGCCGAGGCUGUAGAACAUGUCACGCGAAAGAGAACCAGGUUCAGUCAUCCUAAAACAAAGCAUGAAGCAAAACAGCCUGAUUCAACAGGACAAGAUGCGAGUGACACUGAGGACAGCAUGGAAAUAGGCACUCCAUCACUGAAAGAGGAAAAGAAGUCAGACCAGCCCCACAUAGAGAUUCCGCCUCCUCAUCUUUCAUCAAAUAAACAGCCAAUCACCAUCACUCCUAAAACUCCUAACCGAAGCCAUAGCUCUCUGCCCUGCCGUAUCACUACUACGUCUUCCCAGCCUCGCAAAAUCCCCUCUCGGCCCAAAGAAAACACUCCAUGCUGUGAUACUAGAACUAAGCGCCCUCAGCCUAACACCACCACCUCUCUGUUUCGACGUGCUGUUAUCACCAAACACAACAAAACCACCAAUCAAUCUCCAUCUAGAAACAUUACUGCACGCUCCAUUGACCUCAGCAUUCAGGCUACCAAUAAUUCAAGAUAUCGUGGCGAUAUAACACCAAAACGCAGGAAAACCAGCCCUAAACAUGAUGCCAAUCCCAGGGAGAGUCAUGGCAUCUCUGUACCAAAUGAGAACAGUGAUGAGACCAAGGCUACCUACGGAGGGAGCUCGGCCCAGCGGAUUUUCCAACGGACGCUCAGUCCUGCCGAGGUGCUACAUGUCCACAGCUAUGCUAAAGGAGACUACUGCGACCUGGAUAGACAACAAAGGGACAGCGACACAGACACAGAGACACAGGAGAAUGGACAGCAGGGGGCAGAAGAUGACUCUUAUGAGGCACUGAACAGUCUAGUGAGGCUGCCCAGGCAGCAUCCCUUAAUAAAGGACAGCAUCAGUGAUGAAGAGCUUCAGGACCAGGCCUUAUUUGAGGAGGAUGGUUUAGAGGGUGAGCUGUGGGCUAAGCCUCUGGCUCAGCUGUGGCAGAACAGACCUUGCAAUGAACAGCGAGAGCGAGAGUACAACAGAGAGAUGGGCCUCCAGCCACCAUACUGUGCUGUCUGUAUGAUCUUCCAAACACACCAGCGGUCUGAAGAGGCCGACUGCGAGCAGACAGCAGUUCAGGCUGGACGUCAAAUGAGGACAAAGCCACUGAUCCCUGAGAUGUGUUUCAGCACAACCACAGAAGAGUGCACUGACCUUCAACUGUCUACUCCACACUUGGACCAGGAUGGAACAAGCCUGCUGGUUAGCUGCUCCCACUGCUGUGUGCGUGUACAUGCCAGUUGCUAUGGCGUUUCCCCUGAGAAAGUAACAAAAGACUGGAAAUGUGCCCGUUGCAAAGCCAACGCCCUGACGGAGAGUUGUUGCCUGUGCUCAUUAAGAGGGGGAGCCUUACACAGAGCCAACAAUGACAAGUGGGUGCAUGUGCUGUGUGCAGUGGCGGUGUUAGAGGCUCGCUUUGUGAACAUCACAGAGAGAUCUCCAGUGGACCUCAGUGGCAUUCCGUUACAGAGAUUUAAGCUGAAAUGUUACUAUUGUAAGAGGCGGAUGAAGAAAACGAUCGGCUGCUGUGUGCAGUGUUCUCAUGGUCGCUGCCCCACCUCGUACCACCCAACCUGUGCCCAGGCUGCAGGGGUCCUUAUGCACCCGGAUGACUGGCCUUUCAUUGUCCACGUCACCUGCUGUCGUCACAAAGGCCCUGUCCAAUCAGAGAGGAAAAAGGAGGCCAUGAGGGAAAUCAGUGCAGGCCAGAAAGUGAUCUGCAAGCACAAAAAUGGACGCUACUACCAAUGCGAUGUGGUUCAGCUGACGAAAGAGACAUUUUAUGAGGUCAACUUUGAUGAUGGCACCUUCAGUGACAACCUCUUUCCUGAGGACAUUGUGAACCGUGACUGUGCACAGCUGGGUCCUCCACCCAUGGGAGAGGUGGUGCAAGUUCGCUGGACAGACGGAAUCACUUACGGAGCCAAAUUUGUGGCAGCUCAUGUCAUUCAAAUGUACCAGGUGGAGUUUGAGGAUGGCUCACAGCUCACAGCCAAGAGAGAUGAUGUCUAUACAUUAGAUGAAGAACUGCCCAAAAGGGUGAAGUCCAGACUGUCGAAGGCAUCAGACAUGCGUUUCGAUGGUAUCUUUGGAGAGAAGAAGCUGCAGGACAGCAAGAGGCAGCGUGUGAUAAACUCCAGAUACAGAGGCGACUACAUCGAGCCAGUCAUCUAUCGAACCAUCAUGGAGUAACCAGCAUCAUCACCUUCUUCCGCACAGCACCAGCAUUGAUUGAGCAAAGUUCCCACCCAUGUGUCUCAUAACAUGACGUGAGAAUAUUUGUGUGUGUGACAUUGCAUACGUCAUCUUUUUUAACAAGUUUUAAAUCGAUCCAAGAGCAUUGCCAUCACUCUCAUCUCAGAAAAGCUUUUAUUAGAGGCAUUUUUAAAACACAAACACACGCAGCUGUGCCACAUCCUUUCAGACAUGAUGUGGUUUUUAUAUCCUUACUGAAAAUUGAGCCACUUAUGCAUACAUUUUGGCCAGAAAGCAUUAGAGUUUGUACUAGUUUUAUACAGGUCCUUGUCGUUCCCUCCUGUUGUUCAGCUUGCAUUAAUUUAUUUCCUUCCAAGUUCAGGGUGCUAAUACUUACCCAUAUAUUUUUAUUAAACGGAGGAAACAUUGCCAUUUUAUCAACAUGAACACCUCCUUUUUUUAAUCCACACUGUUGUCAAAUUGUACAGCUGCAUUCCUGAAUAUUGUAGAUUAUUUGGAACAUAAUGAAUUUAGAUUUGUUUUGAUUUUGUUUGUGUAUUUUUUUUUUUUUUUUUACCAGUCUAUUUAUUAGAUGGUGCUUUCUGAAAGUAGCCUUUGCAAUAUAAAUGAGUUCUAACAGCACUGUCAUCUAAACAGACAAUGUUAUUGUUAAGCUGGGAGGUUCUUUCAAAAUGCCAUGGAUUUCCGUCUCUACUUCCUCUCAGUUAGCUCUGCUAUACAAGGCGUUUAAAGAUCUCCUUUGCGCUGCUGUUCAGUCAGCUGUGUUUUAUGUGCAUUACUUACAGCUUUGGCAAUCUUAAUCAGAACUCUGGUAGGCUUAAGCCUAUACCAAGGUUCACAUAUUGUGCUAAAUCUCUAGCCUGUAUUACCACACACAAUAUUAUUGUGAUAUAUUGCAUUAAAAAAUGUUGUUGUUGUUUGGCAACUGUUAAGGAA